AUUUGUAAAUCUUCUUCAGACACGAGUCACUGAAACGCUGUUGAAGCUUGGUUUAUGCUGCAGGGUGAACGAUGCCAACGUGUGUUUCCUAAAGGAGUCUGAGGCUUUUAUUGUGAAGGGCUGUAGCGGAAGAUGCGUUGCCCGGAUGUUAGCUUGCCGCGUGAGCUGGAGGGGAGAGAGAGAGGAGGGCAGACAGACCGACUCGGUGUACAGACCGGGACUCGGCGGCUCCAGAGGACCGGUUCGGAUCCAAACGUGGAUUUUAAAUGAACGGUUCCGGUUCGCUUUCUGUGGAUUUUACUCCGGGUUUGUUGUGUUUCAUGGCCCAGCGGUGAGAGCGGGACCGGGACUGUGAGACCCCGCCGGUCCGGAGUGGAUCCUGUUGCCUACCGAGGUUCCGACAAGAAGUUCCGCAACGGACCGACUCCCGGUGCGGAUCAGCCCCGCCAUGGCGUCCGCCUUCACCCUGUUCAGCUCGGUUCUGGUGGUUGGAUUUAUCCGAGUUAACGGGCAGCACGGCGGCGGAGACCGGGGAAUCUCGAUACCGGAGCACGGCUUCUGCCAGCCGAUCGCCAUCCCGCUGUGCACGGACAUCGCGUACAACGAGACCAUCAUGCCGAACCUGCUGGGUCACACCAACCAGGAGGACGCGGGGCUGGAGGUCCACCAGUUCUACCCGCUGGUGAAGGUCCAGUGCUCCCCGGACCUAAAGUUCUUCCUGUGCUCCAUGUACGCGCCCGUGUGCACGGUGCUGGAGCAGGCGCUGCCCCCGUGCCGCUCUCUGUGUGAGCGCGCGCGCCAGGGCUGCGAGGCUCUCAUGAACAAGUUCGGCUUCCAGUGGCCCGACAGCCUGGCGUGUGAGAAGUUCCCGGUGCACGGUUCCGAGGAGCUGUGCGUGGGCCAGAACACGUCUGACCGAGCGGAGUCUGACGCCGCCACCGGUCACUCUGCCACGGAGCGUCCUCCUCCGGAUGUCGUGCUGGGUCAGUUCCGGUGCCCGGCUUCGCUCACGGUGCCCCCGUACCUGAACUACCGCUUCCUGGGCCAGGACAACUGCGGAGCCCCGUGUGAGCCCCGGAAGUCUCACGGGAUGAUGUACUUCAGGGAGGAAGAGCUCAGAUUUGCCAGAAUCUGGAUCGGGAUCUGGUCGGUUCUGUGCUGUGCCUCCACCCUGUUCACGGUUCUGACCUACCUGGUGGACAUGAAGCGCUUCAGCUACCCCGAGCGGCCCAUCGUCUUCCUGUCGGGCUGCUACACCAUGGUCUCCAUCGCCUACAUCACCGGAUUCUUACUGGAGGACAAGGUGGUCUGCAACGACAGCUUUGACACCGAGAUCCGGACCGUGGUGCAGGGAACCAAAAAGGAGGGCUGCACCAUCCUCUUCAUGAUGCUCUACUUCUUCAGCAUGGCCAGCUCCAUCUGGUGGGUCGUUCUGGCCCUCACCUGGUUCCUGGCUGCGGGGAUGAAGUGGGGCCAUGAGGCCAUCGAGGCCAACUCUCAGUACUUCCACCUGGCAGCCUGGGCCGUUCCCGCCAUCAAAACCAUCACCAUCCUGGCCGUGGGCCAGGUGGACGGAGAUGUUCUGAGCGGGGUUUGCUUCGUGGGCAUCAACAGCGUGGACGCCCUCCGUGGCUUUGUCCUGGCGCCGCUCUUUGUCUACCUGUUCAUCGGUACCUCCUUCCUGCUGGCGGGCUUCGUGUCUCUGUUCCGCAUCCGGACCAUCAUGAAGCACGACGGCACCAAGACGGAGAAGCUGGAGAAGCUGAUGGUGCGAAUAGGGAUCUUCAGCGUGCUGUACACGGUGCCGGCCACCAUCGUCAUCGCCUGCUACUUCUACGAGCAGGCCUUCAGGGAGCAGUGGGAGCGCACGUGGAUCAGCCAGACGUGUAAAGCGUACGCGGUUCCGUGUCCCGUCCAGAACCACCGCAGCACGAACCCAGACUUCACCGUCUUCAUGAUUAAAUACCUCAUGACGCUCAUUGUGGGCAUCACGUCUGGCUUCUGGAUCUGGUCUGGGAAGACGCUGAACUCCUGGAGGAGGUUCUACUUGAGACUGGCCGGCAGUAAGCAGGGGGAGACCACCGUGUGAGGAGCUCCGCCGGCUCCGUUUCUCCUCGGACCUUCUCUCCGUUUUUACCUACUUACUCGUUUGUGGACUUUUCUAAGGAUAUAUUUGUAUUUAAAGGUGGAAAAAAGCUUUUUUCAUACUUGGAAUCGUUGGAAUUGUACCGCCAACCCAGAAGCUGUCAUGAACCGACUCACUGUGGACACCCUGGGAGGAGUCUUCUGGGGUCCCGGGACACCCAAGUGCUUCCGUGUGGAGGUGUCUCGUCCUGGCCAGCCAGCAUAAGCGUCCCACGGCUCGUGGCCGGCACAAGAAGCCGUGCGUGGGUCGGGAAUGUGAGUCAGGGAGACAGCAGCUUGUAGUCCCGACCAUCAGAACCAGAACAUGACCCGGUGGUGGCAGCUGUAGGUCCACCUGGCUGGUGAGAGGCUGAUCCGUGAACAACAGGAACACGCCAAGAUGUUUUCCUAGCUCGGCGCUCCCAGCUAGCAGUAGCAGAAGGUUCAGGGACUGUUGGGAAUGUUGAAAGACCACAUGAGUCUGGUUUAAAGCGGAUCCAUCAUUUCACCGGCGUCUCUGGGUUCUGUUCACAGACGGGUCGGCUCAGAGAACCUGUGAAAGUUCCUGGUUUCCCUGUGAGUCUCAGGGCUUCACUGGGAUGUUUACGGUGAUCCAGAAGCUUCUGGAAGACGGAGUGCUUCAGUUUUAGAGCUAGAGGGGAGAGGACGAGAGACGGUUUAGGAACCAGUUAGAAGUGAAACCCGGCCAUGAUGCUAACACCUCAUGUGGUUCUUUCUGGUUCUCACCAGCUCCUCCAGAACUUCCUGCUGUGGCACGACGACAGGAAUGCUUCUGCUCUGAUGCAAACGGCCACAGAACAGAGAAAAGAAGCAGCCUGAAGAUCUCAGUUCUGAUGCCUCUGCCAGCGGUUCUGCUGCAGAACCUCAGCAGGGAUGAGAGGAACGUUCGGUCAGAGAAGCGUCCCCGAGACAUGCCCCCGAGACACGGCUCUGAGACAUGUCCCCGAGACACGGCUCUGAGACGUGUCCCCAAGACAUGUCCCUGAGACACAGCUCUGAGACACGUCCCCAAGACAUGUCCCCGAGACACGACUCUGAGACAUGUCCCCGAGACACGGCUCUGAGACAUGUCCCCAAGACAUGUCCCUGAGACACGGCUCUGAGACAUGUCCCUGAGACACGGCUCUGAGACGUGUCCCCAAGACAUGUCCCUGAGACACAGCUCUGAGACACGUCCCCAAGACAUGUCCCCGAGACACGACUCUGAGACAUGUCCCCGAGACACGACUCUGAGACAUGUCCCCGAGACACGGCUCUGAGACACGUCCCCAAGACAUGUCCCCGAGACACGACUCUGAGACAUGUCCCCGAGACACGACUCUGAGACAUGUCCCUGAGACACGGCUCUGAGACAUGUCCCUGAGACACAGCUCUGAGACAUGUCCCCAAGACAUGUCCCCGAGACACGACUCUGAGACAUGUCCCCGAGACACGGCUCUGAGACGUGUCCCCAAGACAUGUCCCUGAGACACGGCUCUGAGACAUGUCCCUGAGACACGGCUCUGAGACAUGUCCCUGAGACACAGCUCUGAGACAUGUCCCCAAGACAUGUCCCCGAGACACGACUCUGAGACAUGUCCCCGAGACACGGCUCUGAGACGUGUCCCCAAGACAUGUCCCUGAGACACGGCUCUGAGACAUGUCCCCGAGACACGACUCUGAGACAUGUCCCUGAGACACAGCUCUGAGACACGUCCCCAAGACAUGUCCCCGAGACACGACUCUGAGACAUGUCCCCGAGACACGGCUCUGAGACAUGUCCCUGAGACACGGCUCUGAGACGUGUCCCUGAGACACGGCUCUGAGACGUGUCCCCAAGACAUGUCCCUGAAACGCAACUCUGAGAUGUGUCCUCAAGACACGUCCCAGUCCAGAGGCAUGGCUCAGAGUCAUUUCCUUCUGUGGUCCAGAUGAAAGGGUUAAAGGUGAACAACAGAAUGAUCGUUGCCGUGACGACAACAGCGUGAUGAUGAAUGCACAUGAGCGUCACGUCAGCCUGAAGUUCAAAUAUCAGAUCAUGUUUGGGUCAGUGAAUGCACCAUCAGGUUUUAUUAUUGUUAUGGAGACGCCGUGAUGUCAUCAGCUGACGUCAUAACCUUCAGGUCUGCACUGAUGAUAUUUGUCCACCGCCCAUGUUACACACACACAUAUACACACCACACACACACACAUAUACACACCACACACACACACAGAAACUCGUUCCUAAUAAUCUGUCAGUGUUGAGCCCAACAAGGUGGCGACCCAGAAGUGAUGUGUGUUCGUUUGCUAUGAAGAGAACCUUUUAUAUUUAUAGAGACGCUGAGACGCGUAAACAAACGUUAUGUUGUUGUUUAUCAAAUAAAACACUCACCAGUGA